GUACGCUAAAACGACGGGAGUGCUUGCAGGGUUGUACUCGUCUAUCCUGACCUGAUAGCCGGAGAUCAUAAAAAUAAACGUACCACUUUAUGACUUUAUGACUUUGACUUUAUGAUCUUGAAUGUUUUUUAAUCUUUUAACUCUUUUGAGCCUCCCACGUUAAUCUACUUGCCCACCUCUAUUUUUUCUUUUCCCUCAGACAUCAUUGAGAGAACCAAUAAGCUAGGUCCAAAGCACCCAUAGCUAACAUUCAAAAUGAAUACAGUCAAAUCGUUCUGGAUGGGAUGGGGUUCCCUCUGCCUUGCCGGCGCGGGAGCGUACUACUUUGCGAAGAAGAGCAUCAAUGCAGACAGGGCCGCGCGCCUCGAGGAAGCUCGCCGAAAGAAGCAGAUGAUCGACUCUCUUGAGUACUCGAGCAAUGUCCCCAGCAAACCGCUCUCCGCAUCGACAAUGGGUGGUUCUACGAAUGGAAGUGGCACGCCAGCCCGAACUGAUGCAGCCGGGUCACCAAGCCAAGAGGCAAGCCGCGACCCAGCACCAACGCGGCAUGCUCCGGCUACAGAAGGACAACGAGUAAUAGAAAAGAGCAAGUACGAAAGUAGCGCACCGUUUACGAGUCCAAAAGGCGAUCGGUUUUCCUAGUCGUGGUUGAAAGCCGAGCUGAGCAUACCCCAUAAUGAGAACAUUACGAAAACAUGCAUGUACACAAUAUUAUUUAGAAGAGACGGAUGAACACAACUCUAUUCCCAAAAUUUUCGUCAUGACAGCGAUGGUAUCUUGGUGCGGACUAGUUAGUCGGCUAUGUAAUUCGGCGCCUUGAAAUUUUGAAACUCUGGAUGUUGGUAAUGCGCCAUGCGUAUUUAUUCGAAUUCCCUCAUAUUUACCUAAUCAAUUUUGGGAUUGUAUCUGUACAAAUGAGUUUGACCACGGCCAAAAAGGGCUGGAAGGGUUAGGUGAGGACGUUAAAAAGGGUCUUGUCAAAAUCGCUACGUAAAUUCCAUGCAACAAAUUGAACAUUUCCUACCUUAGGUACAUGUCCAUAUGGUAACAAACUUCGAACCGCUUAGUGGGAUAUCGGGAAUAUUUAGUUAAUCCGACGCCUAGGUACCUAACCUAACAUCCUGAUAUCUACUGGGCAGCCGGGGUGCUAUGCUGCAUUGCUGCACCUGCACCAAGCGUCCAUAGGUACCUAAAGUAAUCUAGCUUAAUAUAGUUAGU